AUGUUCCCGUUGCCAAUGUUCACACCCGAUCAGGUGGCGCGCGUGUGCGAGAAUCUGGAGGAGACCGGGGACAUUGAGCGCCUCGGCCGCUUCCUGUGGUCUUUGCCUGCGGCGGUCCCGGCCUCUGCGAGCGAUGCCCUCAACCGCCAUGAGUCAGUGAUGCGCGCCCGAGCCCUGGUCGCCUUCCACGGAGGCAACUUCGAGGCGCUUUACCAGAUCCUGCAGAGCCACCGCUUCACCCGCGAGUCUCACGCCAAGCUGCAGGACCUGUGGCUGGACGCGCACUACCGCGAGGCGGAGCGCCUCCGCGGGCGGCCCUUGGGACCCGUGGAGAAAUACCGCAUCCGCAAGAAGUUUCCUCUCCCGCGCACAAUUUGGGACGGCGAGCAGAAGACCCACUGCUUUAAGGAGCGGACUCGUAGCCUACUCCGAGAGUGGUACCUGCAGGACCCCUACCCAAACCCCUCCCGAAAACGACACCUGGCCCAGGCGACUGGGCUCACCCCCACCCAGGUGGGGAACUGGUUCAAGAACCGGAGGCAGAGGGACCGGGCGGCCUCAGCCAAGAACAGGCUGCAGCAGGACUCUAGCCUCCUGCCUUCAGGCACCUCUCUGGACAGCUCCUCCCAGGACCUCCACGCCAACCUGCCGCCAUCCUCGCCCCGCCACCCGGGCAGCCCUGAGGCCAGCGACUGCAGCACGGGCACCGGGCCCCACAGGACGGGUGCCUCCACCCCCGAAAUCUCCGUCAGCAGUGACAGCGAGUUCGAGUCCUGA